UCAAUCACACAAUCUAUCAAUUUGAGCAUGCAUGAAUACAGCAUGAAGAACUUACAAGGUGACUGUGUCUCUUGGCUGGUUCUUUUGACUGGAGCUGCUCACCUCCUACUAGUGUGUGGAGAGGGAGUGUACCUGUCGUCGGGAUCGACCAACAUUACCAUUACCAACAACAAUACUGAGAUCCUCAUCACUGCCAUUGGAGAGGGUGCUCCGAGUGGUCUCCCUUCUCUCACCUGUCACACUGACCUCACUACCUGCUGUAGAAGUAUGAAUGACAACAAUGGUAAUGGAAGACGAGGACAGUGGACGUAUCCUGAUGGGAGUGUGAUACUGGGAAAUGGUCCCUCAGUGGCUGCUAGACAGCAGUUCUACAUGAAAAGGAAUGCUCCCCAACUCAUCAGGCUAAACCGUAUACAGGGUAGCAACCCUCCCACUCCAACCGGGUCCUACUGUUGUACUGUACCAACUAAUGGAGGAGAAAUGACCCUCUGUGCUAACCUGGUUGUGUGCCUGUCUCUCCCUCUCCUGAACAAUGGAAUAGUCUCAUACAGUGACCCAACACUGGGUCUGAACACUGUGGCGAACUACACCUGUGACACUGGCUACACUCUCGAAGGAAACAUUACCAGGACUUGUGGGAGGGAUGGAGUGUGGAGUGGAUCAGCUCCAUCCUUCUGUGAACCAGCCUGUUUUGACCUCACUCUCAUCACCAAUGGAAACAUUACCUACAGUGCUGGAUCCCCUGACAUCAGACCUAUUGGCACUACAGCUACCUACAUGUGCAAUCCUGGCUACACUCUCAUUGGAAGUACCACCACCAGGGUAUGUGUGACUGGAGGGAAUUGGAAUGGAUCAACUCCAACUUGUCAAGACACAGGACCUACUGCUGCUCCACCCACCACCUGCUCUGACCUGACUAAUCUUACCAAUGGAAUGAUCAACUACAAUAUGGGGACUGCUAGUCUGAGACCAGUGCACACUGUAGCCAUCUUCAGAUGUAACACUGGAUACACUCUCAAUGGAGGCGUUACUAAGACUUGUGGAAAUGAUGGAGUGUGGAGUGGGUCAGAUCCAGUGUGUCAGCUUUCUACAGGUAUCUGCUUUGACGUACCCUCACUGAUGAAUGGGAUGAUCUCUUAUAGUGGUGAUGAAUCUCCUGACAAUAGGCCAGUGGCCACUAUGGCUACCUACACCUGUAACCCUGGCUACACUCUCAAUGGAGGCAGCACCAGGACUUGUGGAAGUGAUGGAGUGUGGAGUGGGUCACCUCCAGUAUGCCAGCGUAUCUGCUUUGACGUAACCUCACUGAUGAAUGGGAUGAUCUCUUACAUUGGUGAUGAAUCUCCUGACAAUAGGCCAGUGGCCACUAUGGCUACCUACACCUGUAAUCCUGGCUACACUCUCAAUGGAGACAACACCAGGACUUGUGGGAGUGAUGGAGUGUGGAGUGGGUCACCUCCAGUAUGCCAGCGUAUCUGCUUUGACGUAACCUCACUGAUGAAUGGGAUGAUCUCUUACAGUGGUGAUGAAUCUCCUGACAUUAGACCAGUGGCCACUAUGGCUACCUACACCUGUAACCCUGGCUACACUCUCAAUGGAGGCAGCACCAGGACUUGUAGAAGUGAUGGAGUGUGGAGUGGGUCACCUCCAGUAUGCCAGCGUAUCUGCUUUGACGUAACCUCACUGAUGAAUGGGAUGAUCUCUUACAGUGGUGAUGAAUCUCCUGACAAUCGACCAGUGGCCACUAUGGCUACCUACACCUGUAAUCCUGGCUACACUCUGAAUGGAGGCAGCACCAGGAUUUGUAGAAGUGAUGGAGUGUGGAGUGGGUCACCUCCAGUAUGCCAGCGUAUCUGCUUUGACGUAACCUCACUGAUGAAUGGGAUGAUCUCUUACAGUGGUGAUGAAUCUCCUGACAAUCGACCAGUGGCCACUAUGGCUACCUACACCUGUAACCCUGGCUACACUCUGAAUGGAGGCAGCACCAGGACUUGUAGAAGUGAUGGAGUGUGGAGUGGGUCACCUCCAGUAUGCCAGCGUAUCUGCUUUGACGUAACCUCACUGAUGAAUGGGAUGAUCUCUUACAGUGGUGAUGAAUCUCCUGACAUUAGACCAGUGGCCACUAUGGCUACCUACACCUGUAACCCUGGCUACACUCUCAAUGGAGGCAGCACCAGGACUUGUAGAAGUGAUGGAGUGUGGAGUGGGUCACCUCCAGUAUGCCAGCGUAUCUGCUUUGACGUACCCUCACUGAUGAAUGGGAUGAUCUCUUACAGUGGUAAUGAAUCCCCUGACAAUAGACCAGUGGCCACUGUGGCUACCUACACCUGUAACCCUGGCUACACUCUCAAUGGAGGCAGCACCAGGACUUGUGGGAGUGAUGGAGUGUGGAGUGGGUCACUUUCAGUAUGUCAACAGAUACUGACCUGUUCUGACCUCACUCUCACCAAUGGAGACAUUACCUACAGUGCUGGAUCCCCUGACAACAGACCUUUCAUCUCUACAGCUACCUACACCUGCAAUCCUGGCUACACUCUCACUGGAGGUACCACUACCAGGAUCUGUGUGCGUGGAGGGAGUUGGGAUGGGCCAGCUCCAACUUGCCAAGCCAUUGUGUGUCCUCCUCUACCGGCCAUUACCAAUGGCAUGAUCUCCUACUCUCCUAAUGUCACCCCUGGCUAUGACCUAGGAACUGAGGCAACCUACACUUGUGAGGCUGGGUUCUAUUUUGAGGGUAAUGAGGUACAAGUAUGUAUAGACGAUGAUGUAAUGGACUCCAUUGGAGUGUGGAGUGGUAGCCAGGAGCCAAGCUGUGUCUCUAUUCAGUGUCCUCCUCUCAAUCUUGUUCCCAAUGGAUUCAUUACCUACGCUCCCGACAACACACCUAUCAGUAGCCAUGAUCUGGGCACUGUGGCCACUUACUCCUGUAACACUGGAUUUGUUCUGGACCUCUCCCUGGGGGGAUCUGAGAUGAGAACUUGUGUGGAUGAUAUGGACAAUGAUGCAGAGGGAGUGUUUGAUAGAUAUGGUCCGAGAUGUAUCGCCAUUCAGUGUCCUCCCCUCGAUUCUGUUGUCAAUGGAGUCAUCAGUUAUGCUAUUGAUAUUGCUGCAAAAUAUGAUCUGGGCACUGUAGCCACUUAUGACUGUGACCCUGGGUUUGUUCUGGACCUCUCCCUAGGGGGAUCUGAGAUGAGACCUUGUAUGGAUGAUAAUGGACUGGAUGCCAUUGGAGUGUGGAGUGGUCAAGAGCCAAUCUGUGUCCCAAUACGAUGUGCCCCACUGAUGACUGCUCUUGAUAACGGAAUAGUGACUUACUCCAACCAAUUGCAAAAUAAAAAGUACAUCUUUGGCACAUUAGUCACAUACAUCUGCUCUCCUGGUUACGGUCUGAGCAGUACUCAGAAUCGAACAUGCAUCACUGAUGGUGGAAGGACUAUUGGAAGAUUCAAUGGAAGUGACCCCACUUGUGAUCGUAUAACCUGCUCUGCUCUCCCUGAUGUUAUCAAUGGGACCAUUAAUUACUCUAGUGGUGGUGCUACUGCACCAUAUGACUAUGAAACAACAGCUACUUAUCAUUGCAACCUUGGACAUGUGUUAACAACUAGAGACAGUGAGAAGGCCUGUACUGGUGAUGGUAGGAGUCUUAGCGGUCAGUGGGAUGGUGCUGCUCCUCGAUGUCCACCUGUGGACUGUGGGACUCCUCCGUCUAUUACCAAUGGAUCUUCUGGGAUACCAACAACCACAACAUUCACAGGGACAGUGACUUACAGCUGUAAUGAUGGCUAUGCACUCUUUGGGAUUGCUACAAGUACUUGUCAGGCGAAUACAACCUGGAGCAGACCACCAGAAUGCAGAGGUAUCACUAUUGGUGGUAUCCAAUCUGGUGUGUCUAUCUAUAUUGGAGAUUCCGCUACCAUCACCUGCACCACUGACUCUCCUGCUGACUCAGUAAUGUUGCUGCAAGAUGACCAACCUCUUCAUGAAACUAAUAGUCAAACCACUUUGAUGCAUACUAUCUCUGUGACUGACAGCAUCAACGGGAACAUCUUCAAAUGUGAGGCCAACUUAACAGGAAGAACCUACUCUUCAAAUACUGCCUUUGAUAUGGUUACCAUUUCCAUUAAAAUUCCCCAACAACCUAUCAAUGCUAGUAUCAGAACAUCCAGCCCAUCAAAUCCACUAAUUGGACAAUUGUACAAUUGGACUUGCUCUGUUUCUCUGUUGCCUGGACUAACUCGCACACCAACUGCACAAUGGUUGAAGGUUAUUAUGGGAGAGGAAAUAAUAAAUCUUAAUCGAUCCAUUCUUAAUUUCUCUCCACUAAGAACCUCAGAUGCUGGCAGAUACCGUUGUCAGGGAAAUGUUAGUACUACUGUUCACUCUCAAUCCCUUUCAGACAGCAACGAUAUUGACAUAAUUGUUCAAAUACCAACACCAUCAGUGACAAUCACGAGGUCUGUUUCUGAUUCAGCUCUGUUUGCUAAUCAAAGUGUGGUAACAUUCACAUGUCAAGUGUCUGUACAUAAAGACAUUGAUACUCCCGUCACUUUGAGCUUGACUUGGACUCGUGAGGUUUAUAAUGAUGAAAAUGAGACAACUACUGAGGUAUUCAUGGUGAAUAGCACAACAACCCAAAUUAUUAUGAGAAAUUGGACCUUUAAUGAUUUAAGUUCAAAAGACCAGAGAGUGAUCUGCAAUGGAACAAUAAGCUCAGCUAGUAGGUUUAUUCAAGGAAAUAGCAGUAUAUAUGAAGACACGUUAUCUGUUGCUGGUGUGUUUCUGAUGUUCAACGACAUUGCGCUUAACGAUAACACUACCUCUGUGCCAGCGAGGGAUAUACGUGUCAUACAGUGUCACUCUGACAAGACAGAUACAUUCAAUGAAAGACAACACGGAUGGAAUUUUCCUAAUGGCAGUAAAGUUACUAACAUCAGCACACUAGCUAUUGCAACACGGAAGGGAGGACACCUGGCACUCACUCGAGUGGGAAACAGUUCCUUGCCAGCUGGAGAGUAUUGUUGCAAGGCUCAGGACGCCAGGGAAAUCAGACACACCCUCUGUGUGUAUGUGGAGCAAGGCCCUACUCUACCCACAGAACCAAGUUCUAGUAGCACUGCCAUGGUUGGAGGGAUAGUUGCUGCGAUUGUCAUUUUGAUGAUUGCUCUUCUGAUCAUUGGAGCAGUUAUUCUCAUUGCUCUCAGAGCUCGUAGAUCUGGAAAGCACACUUUCUCUAGCCUUGCGUUUGGAGGGAGAGUGAAGCAUAAAUCUCCUUUCACUGUAAAAGUUGACCCCCUGACCCCAUUGGACAUACCCCUGGACGACCACAUCAUCACGUUGACCCCUGAUGCAAGUAUGUAUGUGGGCGUAACUACCUUCAGUAAGGAACCAGUUGAAGCAAAUCAGCAAGGAUCUGCACUUGGUACAAGCAGUUCAUUUUACACCACUGACUUCCCUGCUCAUGUGGACACAAUGCACGAGGACACAGACAAGCUCUUCGAGACUGAGUACACGUCCAUCAGCAAGGAGCCCCACUCUCCCAACAACGAGUCAAAGCUGCCUCACAACACAACCAAGAACAGAUUCGGAAAUGUCUUCCCUUAUGAUUUCAACCGUGUUAAGUUGAAGCCUGUGAAGGACAUCAGAGGAUCAGACUACAUCAAUGCCAGCUACGUCAAUGGCUAUAUGACCAACACCAAGUACAUUGCUGCUCAAGGUCCUCUGCCCAAUACGCUGGAAGAUUUCUGGAAGAUGAUUGUGGAGAACAAACUGCGAACAAUUGUCAUGCUCACCAAAUGUUUUGAGGAGAGGAAAAAGUGUGAGUGUUAUUGGCCCCUGAAGGACAACCAACCUCUUGAGAUGGGCUGUGGUAUCGUGGUCUCUCUGACCAGUAUGGUGGCCUUCCCCGACUUCACUGUCAGGAGAAUGAAAGUCAAUCAACCCACCCUUGGCUCGUCCCCUGUGUUUGAGGUGACCCUGUUCCACUACACCUCCUGGCCAGACCACGGUGUCCCCUCCAGUGGCAUGUCCCUCAUCUAUUUCACUCGUGCUGUUCGUAAGACACACCCCCAGGAUGAUCCCCGCCCACUCCUCGUACACUGCAGUGCUGGUGUCGGACGAACUGGAACGUUCAUUGUCUUGGAUACGAUGUUGGAUCGUAUGGAGCAGGACGGGAUGAUACAUAUCUACGAUUGUGUUACUCAUAUUCGGAAACAGAGGGUGCUCCUCGUACAGACUCUGUCCCAGUACAUCUUCCUGCAUGAUGCCCUCAAGGAGCUCAUAGUGUGUGGGGAGACAGAGAUACCAGCACAUGUUCUCAUGACAACCGUCAACCAGCUCAAAGAACCAGCUGCUACUGAUGAGGAGAUAGACAUGGCUCAGUCUUGGGUAGAGGAGGACACACCCACUGGCUUCCAGCGACAGUUUGAAAUUUUGAGUGAGUGUUCUGUGCCUGACGGGACAGAAGACUACUACAGCUCUCAGAAUGAGGAGAAUGAAGACAAGAACAGAUACUCUCAGAUUCUGCCAAAUGAGAUGCAUCGAGUCAAGCUUCGAUUCUCACCUUCUGGUUCUAACUACAUCAAUGCCAGCUACAUUCAUGGCUACCAACAGAGGCGAGGGUACAUAGCCACUCAAGGUCCCCUGGAGCACACCACUGGAGACUUGUGGAGGAUGGUGGUGGAGAAUGAGUGCAGCUGUAUCGUCAUGCUCUGUACCCUCAGGGAGGGGGAGGAGAAGGUGUGCCAUCGCUACUGGCCCAAGUUCCAAGGAGAGGCAGGAACUUAUGGUGACUUCACUGUCACUCAGCAGACAUUCGACGCUUACGGUGACUACGUUGUCAGGAAGCUAUCUGUUGCCAUGGCAGCCUCCGAUGAUAUCCCCUCCGAAGUGACACAGUUUCACUUCACCCGCUGGACCGAGAAGGACCCCCCACAGACCCCUGUCGCUAUACUAGACGUUGUGCAGGAAGUGAAUGCUGUUCAGAUGGCCUCAGGCAAUAAACCCAUUGUCGUCAUGUGCAACAAUGGGAUUGGUCGCACUGGAGUGUUCAUCACCCUGCAUGCUCAACUGGAGCGACUCAAGAUUGAGGGUGUGGUCGAUCUGUUCCAGUUCAUCAAGUUUGCUCGCAAACAGAGGGAGGGACUCGUUAGCAGUCCUGAGAUGUAUGCUUUCUGUCACGAGGCACUGGCUGACUAUGUGGACAGUUUUGAAACUUAUGCCAACUUCAAAGAACUGGUUUAAUUAACAGUAACUCACACAAACAUUCGAUUUUAGAUUUUACUGCUGCUUUUAUAGUUCUUAGAUUAUUGUACAGACUCAGAUUAUACCAAUAGCAAAACUGUGAAUGUGUUUACCACUGACUUUUAUGAUACUGAAUUAUUGCACUUGCUGAGGUGACGUUUGUUGUUUAACGAAUCCUAAUCUGUGUUGUUACCAAUUCUCUCCCCACCCACCAUAUUACAGGUUUCUCCAGCAGCGUGGUUGGUGUAACGAUGAGAUCAAUGCUCGUAUUGAGCGUAUUGAGGCAGACUCUAGUGGAGUGAAGGAGGACGAGGGACUCUACGCCACCUACACCACCUACGCCAUGCUACACACCUAUCGCAAUGAAUCUGAUAUCUCAGGAGCUGAAAUAGCGAGGUGAGAGGACGACCCUUGUAGAGUAAAAGGGGCCACACCAGAGACCACCACCACUACCCCACAUGUGUAUGAGGUGGCUGAGAAAGUUGAAAGCUGUAGCUACGUGUGUAUAAUAUGUGUAUAGUACGUUAUAGCCUCGACUCAAGGCACAUAAUUAUAAUUAGCAUGUAUGCUAAAACUAAAGCCUUUAACUUUGAGUGUAUGCAUGUGGGUGUAUAAUAUUAUGGUGUAUAAUAUUAUACCGUAUAGCUGGUAAUUUUUGUGGGGCAAUUAUUAUGUUCGUGGUUUUCGUGGUUGAAGCUCAGACCACAUUUUACCCAUGAAUGAAGCGACAUUGCCUACCUUUACUGCAGCAACCACGAAAAUAUCAUUCACGAAGUGACUAUAAAUAUCGCUCAACCACAAAUUUUGUUUUUUGCCCCCCGAAAAUUACCCGCUAUAUGGUAUAAUUAUGUACAUGUACUGCAAUUAUGUGCUGUACUGUGACCUCGCUUUUAUGAAUUCUUUCUAUAGAGCCAGUACAUGCUGUUGUGGAAUUAUGAAUGACAUUAGCGAUUGGCUAUAUAUCUGUCCUCCCUGCAGUCUCCACAGCUGAUCAGUAUAUAGAAGGUGUCACAUGACCUCACACUUUUAGAGUUAGCUUGGAUGAACCCACACAUCUCGUGAGUUCACCAUCUCUUGAGUGAACUUAGCUAUUCUGUCAGUAGACUAGUAUAUAUAAUGAUCCCCUAUUGAGGUUGUUGUAUCUUGCACCCCAACUACCCCAUGUGUACACAUAAUUUAUUUGCUUUCAGUUUGGUUUCCUAUAGCCACAAUGGCAUUAUUAUAGGUAUUCCAUGAACUUAGCUAUGUGCACAAGUGGUCUUUGCUUUCUUUCAAAGAGUAUAUAGUCUGGCUGUGACUGGUGUGUGCUUGCUUUCAAUUUGAUAGAGUGCUCUAUAUAGUGUUUAUGAAUUGCCUGUUGUGUUGCUCUGAGGCAAUGUUUUUGCACGUGUGUGGCCUUUCAAUAGCUUAGGGCUGUGAUAGUUUAGGAACUCUAGCAAAUGGUGCAUGUUGCCUUUGCUCCAUUAGUCAAUCUGUUCAUAUGACGGUAGAGUGGGACUAUCUCAACAAGUGCCUUCUGCUAGAACUUUAAUGAUCAAUCCUUUCUUUGUUGACUACUUCAGCUUUUGCAUGUCUGCUCAUCAACAUUAUCCAACAUUCUAAUCACUAUAACUUGAUUUAUAGUGUGAAAGUGACCUACAUACUGUAACUCUAUAUUGCCUUGCAUAAUUAUAGCUUUCACUAUAGAGGAAGCUAGUAUAUAUAAAGAAGCCACUUCUGGUUUUGAAACUGUUUAUCAAAUCUCUUCGUUUAUAUACUCUGCCCAAUAUCCAAUAUCGCCCACAAAAUUAAUGCUUCCGUUCUGUUUUGUGCAGUCCUAGUAUUGUUUGACAGUUGAGGGCUCAUUUAUGUACUGUCAAAUUAAUGCUUAGACUGGUCUUGAUGUAGCUCUGGCAAUUACUAUGCUGUUAGGAACAGUUGUCACUGUUUAAAAAGAAAGUACUUGUUGAGUUAGUGUUAUAAUUAUGCAGUUCUUAUAAUUAUUCUCUGCCUUCGCACGACAUGGUUUAUGUUACUUUCUUUGGUGUUCACUGGUAAAUUCAACGAGUCUUCAACCGUGCCUUGUCACCCACACACACGCAACGUAUCAUGUAAGUAACAGGUAGUUCAUAUAAUGAUACUUACAAAUCUUACAAUGUGAUGUAUCUAUUAUACAAUGCAUUGUGCUUUCAUUCUUAACUUAUAAGUAGUCAACUCUCUGCUCAGUUCAUCACAAUUAUUCUCCGAUUCAAGAUCAUUUCCAUGUUAAGGUCAUUACCAGAUAAAAAGUUGAUCGCGUGUCCAUUCUGUAAACGCAGGGGGUGAAUGCUCUCUGAGCAUCUUCUUCUAUAUACUACCAUUUUAAAGUGUCAUGCAUUAAUUGCCAUCUACCAUUUUUUCUCCCAUUCCCUCGGUAGAGAUGGAAGAAGGUUCAAGGUACCCUGCUGUAUGGGGGGGGUACGGAUUUGCAUCACCAUUCGAAUUUGACUCUUUUCUCAGUUUAUUUCUGUACUAUGCCACCAACACGAUGGAGAAACACAACCCUGAACUAGAGACAAUGCUUAGAUACCCUGCAUUCCAUGUGGACAGGGGCCGUUAGUAACUGAACUAGCAGCUGUACAGUAUUGUAUGUGUAUAACUAUUUAUAGGAUUCUCUUUCUGUG